AUGUCCGAAGUACCAGAAGAUGUCGAAAUUCGAACAAAGGAGAUGCAUACGGGCGGGGAACCAUUGCGAGUGAUAGAGUCUGGCUUCCCCUCCCUCGGGGGCGACACCAUACUGGAUAAAAUUCGUUUCAUCAGGGAAAAUUUUGACGCAUACCGAAAAUUUCUGAUGUAUGAACCACGCGGUCACUAUGACAUGUACGGAGCAUUGGUAGUACCAGCCGACAACAAGAAAGCUGACAUAGCCACGAUCUUCAUGCACAAUGAAGGGUACAGUACGAUGUGUGGACACGCAGUUAUCGCCCUUGGACGAUACGCUGUAGAUUCGGAAUUAGUCCGGAACCCUUCCAGUCCGGAGACCCGUGUGGCCAUCAGUGGCGUAGGAAAUGUUUCUGUGGAUAUCCCGGAAUAUGGAAACGUGACCGUAGACAUAGUCUACGGAGGAGCAUUCUACGCCUUCGUAGCCGACGCGCAGUACAACUUCCGGUUGGGAGAGGUUCCCAUACAGGAAGUUAGGAACGCAGCCGGAGCUACUACAGGUGUUUUUAUACAUAACAAAUAA